AUGAGCGCAUUGUGUGAGGAAGUUUGCCGCCUAGCACUGAAGAGGCGCUACCGCCUUAUUCCACACAUAUACACUCUAUUCUAUUUGGCACAUACAAGGGGCACUCCAGUGGCAACUCCUACAUUUUUUGCUGAUCCAGAAGAUCCCAGCUUAAGAGCACAUGAGACUUCCUUUAUGUUGGGCCCACUUCUCAUACAUUCAAGCACUAUGCGUGAUCAGGAGCUGCACCAAUUGCAGCACACAUUGCCUAAAGGCAUUUGGAUGAGUUUUGAUUUUGAUGAUUUACAUCCGGAUUUGCCAGUGCUAUAUCUGCGAGGUGGAUCAAUUAUUCCUUUGGGUCUUCCGUACCAACAUGUUGGUGAAGCAAAUCUGACAGACGAUUUAUCACUGCUUGUGGCUUUGGAUGAACAUGGUAAAGCUGAAGGUGUUCUCUUUGAAGAUGAUGGUGAUGGAUACGACUAUACUAAAGGUGGAUAUCUUCUGACAACAUAUGCUGCUGAACUCCAGCCUUCAGUUGUUACUUUGAGAGUUUCCAAAGUUGAAGGAACAUGGAAGAGGCCCAAACGUCGCUUACACAUGCAAUUAUUGCUUGGUAAAGGUGCUGUGCUUGAUGCUUGGGGCACUGAUGGAGAGGUUCUGCAAAUCAUGAUGCCUUCAGAAAAUGAAGUGUCAAGUCUGGUAUCUGCAAGUGAGAAGCAGCAAAAGAUUCGUUUGGAAAGUGCCAAGCCAAUUCCAGAUGUGGAAAAUGUUUCUGGACACAAGGGAACAGAACUUUCAAAAGCUCCUAUUGAAAUGAAAAGUGGUGAUUGGGUACUUAAACUGGUACCUUGGGUAGGGGGUAGAAUUAUUUCUAUGGAGCACCUUCCUUCAGGUAAUGCUUUUGAAAGCCUUCGUGCAUCAACUGAGAAAGAUCUUGAUUAUCUGUUUUCCUUCUCUAUCAGGCAUCUGUCAUUUUAG